AUGCUUUGUCUACGCUCCACGACUUCGCAAUUGUCCAGACGGAUUAGUCCUCGGACUCUGCAACUUUCCAAUCUGACUGGAGUUCGCCUUUACAGCUCUAAGCCCGAGCAGGUCGAUGUCGAUGCGCUACUUGCGAAGCCAUCCUGGUCCGUUCGUUCUCUCCUUCCCGACCACAGCGCGAAACAAUCGUCGCCGUCAGUCACACCGGCGCAACUCCAUCAUCUACUCCGCCUGUCAGCCCUUCCAUUGCCAUCUAGCAAGGAGGAGGAAACUAAGAUGCUUGAGACCCUUGAGUCUCAGAUCCAUUUCGUGAAAGAGAUACAGCGUGCUGACGUGACGGGUGUCGAGCCGCUGCGGAGCAUCCGGGACGAAAGCCCCGAGGCAUUGAAAGAGAAUACGGUUGGACUGGAUCAGUUGAAGGAUGCUCUAGCUAAAGAACGAGUGGUCGGCCGCAACAAGAGGAUACAACGCGUCGAGAGCGAGAGAAAUGGUCGCCCGGAUGGAGAUGCUUGGGACGGAAAUGCCCUUGGUUAUGCUUCCAAGACGAAGGGUAAAUUCUUCGUAGUGGAAACCAAGUAA